GUAUAUUUUGAAAAUACUUCCUCUGGUCACACUCGUUUUGCAAUAACUUAGUUUCUGAUUUGUUUUUGAGGCAGACGUAAGGAAUUUGCAUUAUAAAAUAAAAUGGCAGCUAUGGAUUCUGACUCCGACGAAGAAGAUAUGGCACAAAUGCGUCAAUUCAUGGAGGCCGCCGACCACACGCUGCUCAACAACAACAUGUUCCAAAAGCCGGCCACAGAUCUGACGAAAACAACGAAGCACGUGUCUUCAUCGACUGUUGCAGGUGUUGCAACUGUUGGCGCCCCACUGCAAGAGCUGCCCAAGAGCGAGAGAUAUCUGGACGAACACAAGAGUUCGGGUGACGCCGAUUUACAAAUCACAGAACACAUGCAGACACACAUUUGGAAGAAACUCGGAGCUAUUAUCGAGAAGCAAAUCAAAUUCGUUGCUCCGGAGCCUGCGCCACUGGAGGAAAAGACCACAGCAAACCCCAGUAAUGUGUUACUUCUUUCGGGUGCCGAUUGUUUUAUUCAAUUGGAAACGCCAGAAGAAAAGCUGCCGACAAAAAAGCCAAAGAUUAAGCGACGUCGCUUGGAGGAUGAUGCACCUAUAACAAACGCUGCACUGGCUGGGGUUGUUGUCAGCGGGGAUGUAAUACUUAGAGGGGAAGAUAUGCAACAUUGGCAGCAGCGUAAGCCGAAGAAGAAUAAACUUUUUGAGUACAAAUCCUGUGAUACCGAAGGACGCAAUCUGCAAGCAAUAGAACCAACCAAUGAAUUCACCGCGUUGCGUCUCAAAAACCAAUGGGAUGAGUCCAAGAUAUGCAAAAAAUGCAAAAAGAAGAUUAAAAUCAAAGAAAACUAAACACAUUUGUUUUUGU